GUUGCCUGUAAACGUCAUUCUAUGCGUCGUCGCGGUUUUAUGACAUCUGUGUUUUGGUGUGAAGAUGGCUGAACGUGAAGCGCUAAAGAGAGAAAUAGAGGAAUUGCAAAACCUCAUUAAUGACUAUAAAAGUACUCAUGGUGACGUUCCCUCAAGUUCCACCCAGUGGGGUCGUCCCAGACAUGGUUCAAGGAGGGGCCGGGGUCAGACCCGGGGUCAUACCUCACACUACUCACAGUCAUAUUCAUCACUGCCACAAGCGUAUGUGCCUAAUUCUUCUGCCAGCUGGAGAAAAACAUACUCACUUAACAACAAGACCAACACGGCAGUUGGGAGGCACGUGUCUCACCCAGCUGUGGACCACCUGAACCAGCCUCACCAUCACAUCGCUACAUCUGGAGCUACUGCUACCGGGAAUAAUUCUGGACCUGUUGGAAACAGUAGUGUUUUAUUAAAAAAGUUACCAGCUGAACAAACCAAGCCUAAAUCUACAACAUCUUCACUCAAUGUCCAAAGUGAGACUUCAAAAGAGAGUAAAAGUGAAGCAAGUAGAAAAAGGACUGUGCUUAUAUCUUCAGCAGGAAAAAACGAUCAUGGCUGCUCAUCCACAAAUGAACUAACUGGCUCUGCUUCAACAUCAGACCCUGAAAUGAAGUUAAAACCCACUUUGAAAUCAUCCUCAGCUGUGAGCAAUCCCUCUAUCCCUUUACCUGUCAAACCUCCAGCUCCAGUUCAAGUCAAACCCCACGUUUCCACUGCUGCCUUAUCUAAUAGGACUGUCGUAAUGCCAACAGUCAACAGAGAUUGUACUUUGGCUUCUUCUGCCUCUAACCUUCAGUCUCAGGCUUCCUCUAGUCCCACAAAGCUCCAGCUUAAGCUAGACUCAACUCAGACACAUGUAGCCUCGCCAUGUCAUAAGAAAUCUCGGUUUACUUGGGUAAAAAACCAAGAGACGGUAAACAUAAAAAACACACCUAAGCCAGUGACCUCUGGAUCCUCUCCUGGGACAGCCACUGUCAAACGAGUCUCCAGCUCCAAUAAGAAGGUGUCUCGCAAGCCUAAUCUUUCCCUUGGAGCUCCUAAGACCUCAAAGUACACCUGGGUGUCUUCUUCUUGCUCCACGUCAACAGCUGUAAAAACAAGCACUUCAACGAAAAUGCCACGCAAGCCCCUUUCACCCAAAUCUACUAAAGUCCCUGUAAGAACAUGUCAAGUUGGACUGGAGGGACUGAAGAAAGAAAAGAGAUGUGCCACAACCUUAACAACUUUAUCAAAAAAGCCUAAAGCUACAGGUGCCUCCACAUCCCAUUCUGGCCAUGCCAGCCGCUAUCGCUGGAAGGCGGCUGGACAAAACACAACAGCAAAUGCAUCUAGCGCAACUUCUAGGACUGCACAUAAGGGCACAGUCUAUCGAUGGACAGCUAACAAAAAUGGCCAAAAGGGAUCUGCUCUGUCCUUAAACGCCACCCACAUGAACCCUGCUAUCACAACGCUGUCAGCAGGUGCUUUCAAGCUCAGGAGCCGAACCAAGAUCAUCAGAAGAUCUGCUAACAAUCCCUCCUUAGAGAGAAGAUACAGCCCCGUUGUGCAGACUGUAAGGAGCCGGUAUUCUUUGCGGAGACGGAUACACGCUCAAGUGAAGACACCAACCAAUGUCAGGCGAGCACAGCCCAAAGUGCUGGUUUCAUUUGGUAGACACAAGCUCCGCCGUCUCUCUGUCAACUCCACCUCGCUCGGGACCUCAAGAUCAGGCCCCUCCUCUUCGUUAGUGCGAAGCCCGGCAUCGCACAGGGUCAUCAAAACACGAUACAAGAUCGACACACGCAGAGCGCAUACUAUCCACCACAACCCUGCUCUUUCCUACAGGGUCAAGAGAGUGCAUUCUGCCAGAAUUCUCUUGCAGAAUCGACUGAGGACUACUUCAGACAGGCAGUGGAGGGGACGAAGCAUGAGAUGGAUAGGCGGAGCGCUAUACAGAGUUUCAGCCAAUAAGCUCUCUCGCACUCAUACCACCUGCACACCUAACAGUAGACAAGGAGAGUGGUACAAUCCAUAUGUUUCCUCGACUGGUAAUCAGGGAAGAACAUCAGCCACACGUUAUGUAGCCAGUCGUGCUGUGCAGAAGAGUUUAGCUAUAAUACGACAGGCUAAACAGAAGAAACAGAAGGCCAAGCAGUACUGCAUGUACUAUAACCGAUUCGGCAAGUGUAACCAUGGCGACGCUUGCCCCUACAUCCAUGACCCUGACAAAGUGGCCGUCUGCACCAGGUUUCUCCGAGGCACAUGUAAGAAGACAGAUGGGACAUGUCCUUUCUCGCAUAAAGUAGCCAAAGAGAAGAUGCCAGUGUGCUCGUACUUUCUGAAGGGGAUCUGUAAUAACAGUAACUGUCCCUACAGCCAUGUUUAUGUGUCUCGCAAAGCCGAUGUGUGCAAAGAUUUCAUCCGAGGCUACUGCCCUCAGGGAGAUAAGUGUAAGAAGAAACACACACUGGUGUGUCCAGACUUCUCAAGUACCGGCGUGUGUCCACGUGGAUCCAAAUGCAAGCUGCACCACAGACAGAGCUUGAAACGCUCUGGCUCUAACGCAAGCUCUGGACCAGCCAAGAAAGCCCGUACUAGAGACAUUUUAAAGAGUUCAGAGGAAGUUCAGACACAAUCUACAGAGUCCACACAGGCAGAUGAGAGCUUGUCCACCUCGAGUCCUGAGAAGCUGCCUUCCUUCAUUUCUUUGUCCAGCUCUCUUGACAUAUCAGAGAACCCUGAUACUCCAAAGGUCCCUCCUGUUGCAGGCCCACAGGCCAAAGGAAAGAAACUACAUAUCAAGCCACGAUUCUUGUCUACAACACAGACGGAAAGUUUGCCAAAGGAGGGCUGAUGGUGGGUGUUUUAAUCUGUGAUAAACCAUUAAACAUUUUUUAACUUAACUUUUACUUUAAAAAUAAGAAUUCUCCUGUUACAAUAUGGUUUGCUUGAGACGUUCACAGCUGGUUUUUGGCAUGAAGUCACAUGUUUGGCUUCAGGAGUUUCGAAAUGCAAUUCUAAGAAUUGAUUUAAAGAUUUCUAAGAAUUUGUUCAUAAAUAUUCACUAUUACAGAACUGAGUUUGUGCUUUAUAAUCAAAUACUGCUCUGACAAAAAUGCAGAUGUUCACAUUCUGAGUUUUUGGAGUUAGUUUCAAAAUGCAAAUGCAUAUGUAAUUCUCAGGUAUUUUUAAAAUGGCAUUUCUGUAGUGGUUUGUUAUGCAGAGAAAUUUUAUCAUUUCAAAUGUAAGCUUGUAUGUAUUUUCAAAAAAUGAGAAUUACUAAAUAAAAUUGCUUUGUGAUUUGCA